GUAUGAUAUAAGUGAGUUUGUAUGAUAUUGAUUUAGGGUGUUAGUUUCAUAAACUAUACUUUGCAAUAUAAUCUAAUUGCUAAACUAUUGAAACUCAUUUAGUUUCUUAAUUACCAAUAUCAACUUUGAUUGAAGGUAGAGAAUUCAAAAUAAUUAUCAAAGAUGGAAACUAAACUAUUGGAAGUAUAAGUUUUCCUUCUAAAUAAUUAACUAAAUAAUUAAAUCUAGUUAGAUGGUAUUAUUACAGGAUUAAAUAGGAUUACUUUAUUCGAUCCUAAAGAUGAUCAAUAUGAUGGAAAUUUUAUAGAAGACGAUUUAGAAUAGCCACGAAUAUUACUUAGAAUAGAAACCAAUUAUUAAUAUCAAUAAAAGAUGUUUAAAAACAAUCUAUUAUCUUCAUGUCAAUUGAAUUUAAAGGAAAAUACUUAACAAUAUAAUGAUAAAAAGAAAAUAUAAUAAAUAAUUGAUGAUCAUAAAGAUAUGCAAAAUAAAUAUAAUUCGUUAAAAGAAGAUUUAUUAGCUUAUAGAGAUAUUUCAUAAUAAGAAAUAAAACAAUUAGAAUCAGAAAAAUAAACAUAUAUAUAAGAAAAUAAAACAUUAAAAUAAUAAAUACAAAUAUUAAAAUAAAAUGAAUUACCAAUUCAUGAUUAAUAAUAAAAGAAUGGUACAAAUAAUAACAAUAAUAAUAAAAUUAAAUGA